UAGUAGUCGCCUUUCUAGCUAGAAUCGAGACUGUAUGAUCGUAUGCACUGUGCCGCUGACAAUGAGCCGCGGCGGUGACUGUGAUAAGUGAUCGCGUACCCUUCCUCGUCGCUAAACGCGUAGUGGCAGUGGAGAAAGAUAGUACGUCGGCCAAGGAAAGAGUCUACCUCUUGAUGACUCGCGCUUUACGCAGGGCGCAACGUAGCCGGAGCUCACAAUUAUGUUCGAUGUACCGCCCAAGUUCUACGAGCUGUGUCGCCUUUGUUUAUCGUCGGACGGUGUCAAAUUGUCCAUAUUCGAGGAGGAGGGCGCACAGCGAAACUUCGCCGACAAGAUACUGACAUGCCUCUCGAUCACGGUGAAAGAUGGGGAUUCUUUGCCACCGAUUAUCUGUCACCGGUGUGUGUACAAGUUGGAUGUACUACACAAUUUCCGUGAGGUGUCACACAAAUCUGAUGUCAUACUCAAACAGUACCUGGAUUAUGCCAAGCAGUUAUCAUCACACGAUGAUCAGAAGAAGUCUUUCUCCACUGCCAAAGUAGCAGGCUUAAGUCCUCUACAGUCAUUUCUCCAAUUGAACAAAACAUUGUUCAAUGAGGAGCCUAACUCUCCGGCCAGCAUUAAUCAAAACGUUAUACCUCAGACGCAAACACAUCAUUUGGAGUUGCGCACCAAUGAUAUGCCAGAGCAUGAUAACAUUAAGUGUGAACCAGAGGAUGACACUUGUUCGAACAGCUCUGAUCCAGACAGAUUAGAAAUAGAAGAUCGAGAUGAACAGGAUACAGAAGGGGAGGAAAAUGGUUAUGACAUGACCAUUAACAAAAGAAUGAAAGUGGAAACAAAUUACGAGGAAUCGAAACAAAGUACCCCCAAUCACAGUCCAGUAAAUAGAAUGGACACACCAGAAAGCAAUUGUUCAGACACUAAUAUAGAUCAAGAAACGACUAAACUGUGGCAAGCAUUAGCAAACAACAGGAGUUUAGAGAUUACCAGGACAAACGGUGACAAAUUGAAUAAUGGAUUUACCGGCGAGGCAACUAAUCUUCUGCGUUCGUUAAUUAAUAACAGACAGAUCGGUAUUACUGCUGUCGAUUCGGACCGAGUGUCACCGCAAAUUAGGUUCUACAGAGAUACUCAAGGAACUACAAUCGAGCGUACAGUACCGGACUGCUCUGUGCUCGGCAAUCGCACCAAUGUCCCGUGUAUAGAAAACAAGGGUACUUCCGUGGAUAGCAAUCCAUCCAGUCCAGCCAGUGUCGGACGGAAGGAGACAAAGGGUCGCAGAAAACAAAGUUACCCUAGUAAAGCUCCAAUGAGUCCGGACAUCGUUAAUUACCAGCAUGAACCGAACGAAGAACAAGCCCAAGAUUUUACUGCAUGGUCAAAUAAAAUGAAGGUGAAGGUGGAGGAUCAGAAACAACAGUAUGAUCAGCAUAGCGGCAACAUGACUAAAAAGGUAGACAUGUCCUGCACAAAUUGUGGUACUAUGACCACGACUAUUUGGAGAAGAAACAUGAAAGGGGAGAUGGUCUGUAACGCUUGUGGGCUUUAUUAUAAACUCCACGGGGUGAACCGUCCAUCCACUAUGCGAAGGGAUACGAUACACACGCGUAGACGUAGACCUAAGGGUGAAAAACCAACGAGGCAUAGAAAAAAAGGAGACGUAAUUUUGCCACCGCAAUCUGAACAAAUGGACGCAGAAAGUGCAGAUAUGCUGGCGGCUCUACGAAGACAAAUACAACCUCAUCUAAUGAUGGCUGCAGCGUUGACACCGCCACGUAUACCUGGUGCGCAUCCACCACCUCCUGCCGCUCAACUUAAUUACUCCCUUCCCUUGCCUACAUACAUGAUGCAUCACGUGAAAGCAGAAGGCCGAGAACAAUGUCACUUACCUGGGGAUGUCAAAGAAACAGACGAGGGGGACGAAGAAAAUGUCUCCGAUGUACCAUUGAACUUAGUUGCGACGUCGUUAUCCGAAGACACACACUGAAACACAUUUUUGGCCAGCUACAGAACGACUUUGCUAAGUAUAUAUAUACAUAUUAAAUACGUAUAACAAAGAAUCUCUAGACAGCAAAGUUCUGUCCAGUGAUACACAGGGUGUAGAAAACGAGAUCAUUCUCCUCAUGAUGUCUGCUGCCGGUUUUCGUUCGAGAGGAGAUCCUCUCCUUUUUUGAGCUCUCCUUUUCUCUCUAAUUCUGUCUCUAUUCCCGUAGCGAGAACGCCGAGAACCAUUAGGUAGCAGGACAUUAUGGGGGGGAUGAUCUUUUUUUCCCGCGAGCUACCAAGCCCGUGGCGCAGAGCGCACGAAGGAACGAUGAUAUUAAAUACGCAGUAUUAAUUACGUGGUUAUUCGAAAUAUGUACAUAUAUAUACACGGAUAAUACGAAGAAUAUUUUUAUACAAAAUUUUGUACGCUUGCAGCUAGAGAGCGACGGGCGAUCGUUGUACAUAAACACGCGCAAAUUGUUCUUUCGGUGUCGCGCAUGUAUUCUCGCGUUGAGAUAAAGAUAUGUAAUGAUGGUGGUCGUUGUCUGUUUUCUUAGUGACGUAAGAAAGACAGUCACCGGUGAAAGUGUCUAAGAACGGUGCUAGAAAUUACUGUUCGGGAAGACUUAGAAAGUAUAAAAAUGAGAAAAACCGAAAAACGUAGACGAUAUUAAAGGAAAAGAACGUUUUGUCACUAAACACGAUUAGUGAACAUGAAAAUUCUCACCGUUUUGUUCCACGGGCUUUUAGCUGUCAGUGACGGUAACAAUCAUAAUACUCUCGUUGUCUUGCGUAAUAAUUAAGUGAAAGAAACGACCCAGCUAAUUCUAAUUAAUGAGCGAGAAAAAAACUGUGAAGAGAAUGUAUUUUUUAAAUCGGCUUUAAAUAACGCAAAGGAUGUUCUCUCCCCUCGGUUAGUUGCGGGGAUGAGAUCACAAUGGAACAGCAGAAAACGGUUGCACGACGUGACAAAUGUGUUAACUGUAUAAUUGUCCGAUGCGUACUCGGUAAUUUGAGCUUUGCCAAAUUACGUUAAUGCCAGUAUCAUCAUACUCUAGUGGCCUUUCAGCGAUUUAUCUCUUCCCUCUUAUCCCUCCCCUUAGCUCUUAUAUCAGACGCGGCGAGCAAAAGCGCGCGAAUAUUUACUUACAAGAUAACAAGAUCUUCAUUUAGACGAUGUAGGUACGUUUUUUUUUACGUGAGCACGAGACUGCCGGUGUGAACACAUUUAAUACUGAUUUUUCUACCUUUUACGUAUUAUCUCUGCCCCUUGCCCCCUGAUUCUUAUUAUACCCUACCCCGUAACGUCUCGGAAGGCUUUUUUGCGGCUGUUGACGCAGCCGUUGAAUAAUUUGUACUUAAAUAGAUGAAACAGCGCAACCACCAUGUAUAAGCUAAGACUCCGAAAGCAAUAAGAAACGCGAUGGUACGUAGAUUGUCGUCACACAAUACUCGUUCACAUGCUCUCUCGACGACAAUGAACAAACAUACAAGAAACUUCAGGAAAUAAUACUUAGAUUACACUCAUUCUGUAUGCCGGACGUUAAAAGUAACAAAUUUUAUUGCUCCACGGUUGCUGCGGGCAUCCGUUAACCAUUAUUUUACCAAAUUCUCUCCUCGACUUUGUUUGUUUUAUAUUAGGCUGUAACAUAAACAAAUUUCUAUAAACAUACAAGCAUAGAUUGAUACAAACCAAUUAAGAGAAAGUAUUAAAAACAACUGAACUUGUUCAUGUUACUACUUAAUAUAUUUGUAAAAAGAAGAAUAGGAAAACUGUGAUUUUUCUCAGUCUCGUUAAUCAAUUAACCCUCUCAGGGUGAAUGGUCAUUUUAACCCAUAACAAAACUUACCAGUAUAAGCAGGUGCGAUGACAGGAAAUUUUUUUAUACAAGUUAUUGCCAAAUUGUAGUUAGAUAAGUACAGUAUUUAUUGUAUGAGAUACGCAUGUGUUCUCGUCUCAUGAAUCUCUUUCGUGUUCAGUGUAAAAAUAGAUAAAUCGUUAUCGCUCUUUUAUUAAUAGAUGAUAUUAUAAUAGUCUCAGAGUACGAUCAUCAUUUUGCGAUUUUUGUGAACCGAGAAUGUGACAAUAGUAUAUCUUAGUUGACUGAAAAUGUGCCUGCUAACCGGGGGUUUAUCUUCUCAAAUCCAUUAUCUUUUUCUCUUUUCCCUUAUUAUAUUCUUUUCGUCUAAGGGCUAUCACUGAUUUACUUUUUUCCAGAUUGUACAGAUCAUGUGUUAAUAAACAGGUAUUAAGGGAAGCUAAAUAGCACAUAAUACGAUGGCCAGUGCAUCUACUCAUGUAUCGUAAUAAUCUAACAUUGUAUACAUAAACAACUUUGCCAAAAAUAGAUUUAGUCUGUGUAACAUAGAGUAUAGUUAAGGGCAUACGAUAAAAAUUAACGUUUUAUCUUUCUCUUUCACGACGUCAUGCACAACAUUUAUACAUUUCUCUCUCCUCCUUCAUUUUUUGUUUCUCCUACCCCGCCUCAACCACUUUUUCUCAGUCUUCUUAUCAGUGAUAACUCUUGGUAAGGGCUGUUUAGACAGAGCUUCUUCAAAUUCGCUUGGCAGUAAUCCGUGGAGCAAAACUUAGUCUUUAGUCGUUAUCAAAGGAGCCUUAUGAACACACUCGUACAGAUAUACAUGCAUAUGUAUAUACAUAUACACAAUAUAUAUAUAAAUAUAUAUAUAUAUACAUGUAUAUGUAUGUAUAUGUACUAUUAAUGUACAAGUACCAAUGAUACCACGGUGAAGUGCUGUUCUUUCUUUUCUCCGCCAGAACAAUUGUAAAUAUGAAAGCGAAUAAUUGGUUCGUGUGAUCAAUGUUUCAUAAAAACGUAUAAAUAUAUAUUUAUUUAGUGAUUAGCGAUGUAUGCAUAGACUGCGUGCGUUUAUGCUAGCUCCAAUACGAGACGAUAAGAGCUAAAUUUCUCUCCUUUGUUAAAGGUUUCAUAAGAUUGACGUUAAAAAGGGAAACGGCCGCGUUAAAAUUUUUAUUUGAUCGCGGUCUUGCGAAAUCGCACGCAGCCUAGACAGUAUACAUAAUGGAUUUUGAAUGACGUUGAUUUCAUAAGAACGGCACUGUGCAUGUGGUAUCUCGUUACUGACUACCCGAGUAUUGGAGGAAGAGACAUAAGCGAUGAUGAGGUUUCUCACUAGUGCGAUCCGAAUGACAGAUUGCUAAGCUUUCUCUCUCAUGCGUCGAAAUGAUCCUUCCACUUAGUACGUAUUCAAUGUAUUUCCUGUUUCACAAGUAGGCUCGGGAGUGACGUAUCUUUUAAAUAAGCCUUUACUAUGUAUACCUCAUUCGUUUGCGUUUACACUAUAUGUAAAUACAAACAAAUUCAAGGCAGAAUAGCUAUCGGCUUGCAAAAUUAACAAGAUUUCAUUAUUGGUUCGUUAACGUGCAUGAAUUUCUUCUAUAUUUUCUCCCAUUGACUAUCCUGCGAGGUUGUAAUAAAAUUGUUUAUUCAGAGAGUGACGCUUAUUUAAAAGAUACAUGACGCGUGUAGACUAAACAGCAUCUCCUUAACGGGGAGACGAAAUCGAAAGUAAACGACUAUUAAAGUACACAGGGGGGAACGUUUUGUCAAGCCCCCGGACCGCCAGUUUUAAAUUUCGUCGACAGAAACACUUGUGUAGCAUACCAUUUUAUAAGUGUACCAUACGCGAAGAGAACGAACUUAUUUAUGCAGAAUAACAUCGAUAGACGAAGACAAAGUGGAUGAAAUGGACAGUUACUUCGUUAGGCAUUUUUUUUCUCCCUCAGUUGUAAUUUUUUUUGGCUCGCGGUAGCUUGUUAAACCACACGAAAAACAUAAUUAUUAUUAUUAUUAAUAUUAUUAUUAUGAUUAUUCUUAUAUAUAUUUUUUAUUAUUAUUAUGAUUAUUACCAACGUAGGCGUGUAAGUAGAACAUAGGUUUGAGCUCUCUACUAAUUCUGAAGAAAUCUAGAGGAUAUUUUUUAUAAUUAUUAGAACACGAGAAAUCGAGUAUUGCUAUUAUAUAUGAGGUAUAUAUAUCUAUAUAUAUCUACAUAUAACACACACACACACACACACUCACUCACUCACUCACUCACUCACUCACUCACUCACUCACUGUCGAGUAUGAAUUACGGUAAAAACGUUUACAAGAUAAUACGAUCAUUUUUAAACAAAGUAAGAUUUAGUUGCAGGGACCGCCAGACACAAACACGAACGGUUCGUCUUCUCUCCUUUUUUUCUUUCUUUUAUUAAUUCUUUUUUUUAACAAUGGUAAAGAAGAAAAAUAAGCUGAGGCUUCUUAUAGAGUUUUUUUUAUGUAUCAGUAUUCUACGCGUUUGACUUUAGCUGAUAAGGAGUUUUAACCAACACUACUUAAAUGAAUCCCCCGAUGGCGAGA